UGUAAAUACGAGCGUAGAGAAUUGGGCCCGACUUCGGAGAGGAAAAGGACCCGAUCCUGUGAGUCAGUCAACCAGGAACCAUACGACUAGUUGUAUCUUGCAGAAACGGGCCCACUGGAAUCUUCAUUGACAUAUUGAUCGACCAAGGUACACGGGUCGAAAACAUUUUGAAGACUCCAUACAUCUCGACAAAGCCUCCAGUAACCUGUGCGUGGGCUCUUUAACCGAGUAGCAAAGUACUUCAUUCGUACAAGCAAUGCAAAAUAUCUCGAUGCAGUUGGCAUUCUCAUUUUUGAUUGCAUCGAGUUCAUGGUGGGUGGCUACAGUCUCAUCCGCCUCCUAUGUCCCAUUCAACCAGCGCUUCACUUCUUUACCAGGUGUCCGAGCUCUUCCCAAUACUAGAAUUCAGGCCAAGCGAUCGGGGGGUGGUCCGCAUACCAAUCACCUGCCUCAAAAUUCAUUAACAGAGGAAUCCGAGCUCAAGUCCCACUGGAUUACUGAAUGUAUGACGGUGGCUUCUCAACCUGGGCAUUACAUUUAUCAGUCGAAUGGCGAGGCUUCCACUUGUGGCGUGUAUCUUGCAGCUAAUCCCGACCAACUCGUGGAAAUCGAGCUCGAAGAGACCGACGUUCCCUGUGAUGGAUCUUUGUUGGUGGUUCUCGAUGGAUGGGAGUUAAAUGGAAGCAUUUUUCCUGAUAUCAACGACCAUGAACUGCCAAUGGCAUAUAGGGUUACUGAAAUGUGCAACGAACGAAUGCCAAGGAAACGCAGGUUUAUAUCCAGUCAAAAUGCGGCGCUCAUUCAAUACUUGAUUCCCACAAAAGGCAAAGGAUUUUCAUUCCGGGUCCGCUUCUUGCCGAAUCCCGUUCCCUGCAACAUUCUCAUGUCGGACAUGGAAGGGUUGUUUACGAUGAAGAACUUGGGACAAGCUAAAAAUUGCUCGUUGACGACUUUAUUGUUCCCCGCUAAUUUUGAGAUCAAGCGCAUGGAAAUUGGCGGCAGUCGGAAAACAUGUCGAGAUUGUGUGGAUAAAGUGGAAAUUGGAGGAUCCUCGUCCCUAGAUUCGGCUCAAUUGGUAACCAAGGAAACCUUUUGCGAAUGCGACGCUGCUAAAGUUCAUGGCAAAAAAUCAACCAUACUUUGCGGUUCAUCCACUGUAAGAAUGGUCUCGAGCGAAGGGAGCGAGAAUACCUUAUCCAUUUGGGCCCGACCAGCGGACUUCGGAAACGACCUGGACUUUGACAAGAACAUCAUCUUCAUGUGUCCAGAAUACAUGAAGUACAUGGAGUAGACCAUGAAGCGGUUGAGUCCGAUCCCUUGCAUCAGAUUUUACCCUUACACAUUCCAUCCCCAAGCUUUGAUUUGACCUCCAUCCCCCUUGAUGUUGUACUGCGUCAUCACUUAUUCAUCUAUUCCUGAUCGUCACAUUCAGAUCAGGGUUUGUGUCAAUUUACUUAUUCCAUAAUCAAUUCGAAAGCAUUAGAAUGAUGGACAUAACGGCUUGGUAAGAUUAUCAGUUUUAGGGACCUAAUGACCACCUCAGCGAUCGAGUCUGUGCAUCUCCUCCUCCUCCUCUUGUCCUCACUUAUUUACUUACUUUCCAAGAAAUCAGUAGAAAAGCUACGCGUUUUCGUCAAAAACAUAUCCUUUUAUUUUUCCAUCAAUUUGUUAUACAAUUCCUCCUGUGUGUGUUGAUGAUGUGUGUAGUAGUUAUUAUUAUCAUUAAUAUUAUGAAGAAUAUGAUUACAAUUCUUGGGCAAAUAUUUACCACUGUAGACAAUAAAGUCACAAUUGGUCA